CAUAGGCUUUAUAGAGGCUUUCACACUGCCCCGGCAGUUGCUGUCGCAGUUAGGAAGCGAGCAGAAAGUUGCAGAAGACAAUCGUGCACCGAAAGUUUCGGACCGAGGAGAGAAGGAUGUCAUACCUGACACAUCUUUUCGUUUUGGCCGCUCUGCGCUGGUUCGUGGUUGCUGAAACAGAAGCGGUACAGAGCAAGAAAGUGCCUGCUGUAUUUUGCACAUUCAAGGAGAAGACAUACAACCCAGGGGACAGUUGGCAUCCCUAUCUAGAGCCAUUUGGAUUCAUGUUCUGCGUGCGUUGUGCUUGCACUGAAUCUGGUCAUGUGAAAUGUAACACCAUCAAGUGUCCUGUCCUGAGAUGCGAGAAUCCAGUGACCGACUCCCAGCAGUGCUGCCCACGCUGUGCAGAUGAGCACAGAACUCCUGCUGGUUUGAGGGCUCCCAUUAAAACUUGUCGAUACAACGGAACUGUAUUCCAAACGGGGGAGACCUUCACCAACCAUGACCUCUUUCCAUCUCGACAGUCCAACCAAUGUGUCAUGUGCACAUGCUCUAAUGGAAAUAUCUUCUGUGCACUGAAAACCUGUCAGCCCAUCACAUGCUCUUCACCUGUCUCUGUUCCAGAUACUUGCUGCUUGGUUUGCAAAGAGGGUCCAACUGACAUCAAUUCAGCAUCAUAUGGGGAUGGAGGACAGCAACUGAACAGAGGAGUGAGGCAUUCUCUGGAUCAGUGUGCUGGAGAGCAGGUGAGGGGCCGAGCUGUGCGGGCCACUCCGUCCACCCUGAGAGGUUCUCUGAGAGGCCUCAACCUACACACACUGCACCUGAAAGGAGCUGCUGAAACCACAGUGAAGAUCCUCCUACAGCGCAAACAUCAGAGAGCUUGCGUGUACAGUGGGAAGACCUACUCCCAUGGUGAUGUGUGGCAUCCUGUGCUGGGCAAAGUUCUGGAGUGCAUCUUAUGCACCUGCAGAGACGGCCUUCAGGAGUGUAGACGCAUCACAUGUCCCGCUCAGUACCCAUGCAAACAUCCCAUGAAGAUAGAGGGGAAAUGCUGUAAGAUUUGCCCAGAGAUUAAGGCCGAGAGCAACAGGACAGAGUGUUAUCUAGGACACGAUAACAACAGUCUCCUGGUAUAUAAGGUUGAACCCUCAUCUGUUGCUCACACAGAGGACACAGUGCGAACGAUCGCCAUUGAGAGACAAGGAGCCACAGAGAUUGAGGUGCAAGUAUGGAAAACAGUAGAAGGUGUUCUUCAUUUGAUGGAGACAGGUGAUGUUCAAAAAAAGGACCUCAUAGAGCAUCCAGAGAAUUAUGUUCUGCUCACCACGUUAGAUGAGGACACCUGGAGAAAGUUCAAAGAGGAGGAGGACAAGGAGAGAGACGUCAACAGGAGCAGGACCUGUGAAGAUGGCAUUAAGGAGGUAGUGAAGUACUUAAACCCUGAGCAGCUGGACAGUCUUUGUGCUUCUUAGUCUGUUUCCACUGUGUUCUGGAACAGCGUGUUAUCAUCAUCAGUCUUCAACACCUUUUUUAUUAUCAGAAAAAGAAAAAAAGAAUACACACACAAUGUGCUUUAGUACAAAAACCAUAUACUGGCAGAAGAUAGUUCUGUUGUUUAUCUCUAGGAGCCAGUUCAGUACAAUUUUGCCAUCUUUUUUGAGUAGCUUUUGUAGAGGCCUUAAACUGGAGCGAAGUCAGCAGGGUGGUCUUUUGCAAAUACACAGUUCAGAGGGAAAGUAAACAUAUACAAAUGUCUUGGUUCUAGGUGUGUCAGUAUUAUAGCAGUUGUGAAACGAGAAAGGGUUUGAAGUAUUUCUCUUUAUUAAAGAACAACUCAUGUAUGUGAUUGUAGCAAGCAACCACUGUGUUUGUACAGUACGUAAGUGAAAAAACUUAAGGUAAUGUAGACAGCUUAUUGGCCAGGAUACUUUUAUAAAGUUGAUGUAGGCCACAUUUUUAUCACUGUCAUUAGUUAUACAAUCAUUAAAUAUAUACCAUGAAAAAUUAA